AGGACAUCUGGACAACUUCAUCCUUUAUCCUCAUCUUACAGUAGCCGUAUCUUCAAGAUGGAGAAAUAUGAAGAUGUCGACGGCUACUAUGGAGAUGAGGCCGUGGACUCGGAUAUCACGUCUGAAGACUGCUGGAAAGUCAUCAGUUCCUUUUUCGACAUCAAACAACUCGCCUCCAUGCAGAUCGACUCUUUCAACCAUUUCAUGAGAUCUGGCUUACAGGAUUUGGUGAAUGAGAAGGGAGGUAUCACAUUAGAUCACGCACAAAAUGUCGACGAAGAUGAUCCGAACCCGGUUGUCAUCAAGAGGCACGAAGUCAAAUUUGGCAAAGUUACGCUCAGCAAGCCAAACAUGGUCGAGGGAGAUGGAACCACCACAGAUUGCAUGCCUCACGAAGCGCGAUUACGAAGUCUCACCUAUGCGAGUCCUGUUUACGUGAAGAUGAGCAAGAAAACAUGGUACGCAAAGGAGAAGCCGUGGGAUGAUGAAAGUGCAGAUCAAGGCGUGAUGAGAGAUGAUGGUACCGAGCUAUUUUGGCGUGAGGGUUUUGAAGAGGGAGAACACCACGAAGAGGAGGAUGUCUAUGUAGGGAAAAUCCCUAUCAUGGUUCGAAGUAUGACUUGCCACCUCAAGAGCGAAAGAUUUCAGAGUGACAAGGAUUUGUUCGCAUGGGGAGAAUGUCCUUACGAUCAGGGAGGCUACUUCAUCAUCAACGGCAGUGAAAAGGUCCUCAUCGCUCAAGAGAGAAGUGCUGGCAAUAUUGUGCAGGUGUUUCAAAAGGCUGCACCUGCUCCCUUUACACAUCUCGCCGAAAUCAGAUCCGUUAUCGAUCGCGGAGCCCGAAUGAUGUCUCAGUGUACUGUCAAGCUCUUCCGCAGAGUUGAUGGUCCGGAUGGCACGAAGAUCGACAACCCCAUCAGAGUACAGCUGCCAUAUGUCAAGCAGGAUAUUCCCCUCGUCAUAGUGUUUCGAGCGUUGGAUAUCGUCUCAGACGCCGACAUCUUGGAGAAGAUCUGUUUCGAUCAGAGCGACAAAGAAAUGCUGGAUAUGCUUAUGGGUUCUUUGCAAGAAGGACAACCCAUUCAAGGUGCGGACCUGGCAAGAGACUUCAUUGCUCGUCGUGGCAAUAUCCCAACCCUAAAGAGCCACGAACGACAAAAGCAUGCUAUGGAUAUCUUACAAAAGGAAUUCCUGCCUCACAUCGGACAAGGUCCUGAUGUUGCUGCUCGCAAGGCCUUCUUCCUUGGCUACAUGGUCAAUCGGUUGCUGAAGUGUGCUCUCGGGCGUGCUGAGCCGGAUGAUCGAGAUCAUCUUGGAAAGAAGCGGUUGGACCUGGCUGGACCACUAAUGACCAAUCUCUUCCGCUUGCAGUUCGACAAGGCCACCAAGGAUUUCUUCCGAUACAUGCAGAAGCGUGUUGAAGCUGGCCAAGCAAUUAAUAUCCAUGCAGGUUUCAAGCAUCCCAUUAUCACGAGUGGCUUGAAAUACUCGCUGGCAACUGGCAACUGGGGCGACCAAAAGAAGCUCGACAAGGCAAAAGCUGGCGUUUCUCAAGUGCUCAGUCGUUAUACCUUUGCUUCCACUCUAUCACAUCUUCGUCGAACCAAUGCUCCCAUAGGUCGGGAAGGUAAAAUCGCAAAGCCACGUCAACUCCAUAAUACCCACUGGGGUUAUGUUUGCCCGGCAGAGACACCUGAAGGGCAAGCUUGCGGUCUUGUCAAAAACUUGUCCCUCAUGUCAAUGGUCACAAACUCUUAUGAGACUCAACCAUUGAUGAACUACGUCCUUACCAAGCAUGUCGAAGCACUUGAAGACUGGGAGCCGCGGUUGAAUCCUCAGGCCACCAAAGUCUUUGUUGAUGGUGUUUGGUUUGCAGUUGUACUGCGCGAUCCUAAGCGGCUUGUUGACGACCUUCGCAAACUUCGACGAAAAGGCGUCUUCGAUUCUCAAGUCAGUCUGGUUUGGGAUAUUCGGGAGAAGGAAUUCAAGAUCUCUGGCGAUUCUGGCAGGAUUGUUCGUCCGCUCUUCGUUGUCGAGACAGAUCGUGCAUCCGAAAACCUGGGUAAUCUGGUUCUCAAUAAGGACCACAUCGCCAAAAUCGAUCAGACAAACUACCUGAAAGAGAGUGGCUUUCAGUUCACCGACGAUGUCAAACCUUAUGGUUGGCAAGAUCUACUCGAAUCCGGUGUUGUCGAAUAUCUCGAUGCUGAGGAAGAAGAGACGGCUAUGCUCGUCAUGACGCCCGAGGCCUUGGCCGACUCCAAGGCCAGAUGGCUAGGAAUGGAGAUCGAAAGCGAAGACGACCCGCUGAGCAGAAACGAUCCCCUUCUCAAUCCAUACUCCCACACUUUCACUCACUGCGAGAUCCAUCCAAGUAUGAUCUUGGGUGUUUGCGCCAGCAUUAUUCCCUUCCCCGACCACAACCAAUCACCCCGUAACACUUACCAAUCUGCUAUGGGUAAGCAGGCCAUGGGUGUGUUCCUCACAAACUUCGAUCAGCGCAUGGAGACAAUGGCGAAUAUUCUGUAUUACCCUCAGAAGCCCCUGGCCAGAACAAUGGCUAUGGAUUACUUGAAAUUUAGAGAGCUUCCCGCAGGACAGAAUGCCAUUGUCGCUAUUGCCUGUUACUCCGGCUACAACCAAGAAGACUCUGUGAUAAUGAACCAGAGCUCUAUCGACCGUGGCCUGUUCCGGUCGCUGUUCUAUCGUGCCUACCAAGACCAGGAAAAGAGCGUGGGCCAUUCGGUAGUUGAACAGUUCGAGAGGCCUACGAGAGCUGAUACCCUCCGACUGAAGCAUGGGACAUACGACAAGAUCGACGAAGACGGUAUCGUCGCACCGGGUGUUCGUGUUAGUGGCGAGGACAUUAUCAUGGGCAAAACCGCUCCCAUGGCGCCUGACGCAGAAGAACUGGGCCAGAGACAAAAGCAGCACGUCAAGCGCGACGUCUCGACUCCGCUUCGAUCCACUGAGUCAGGAAUUGUCGAUCAAGUCAUGCUUACAACCACAAGUGACGGCCACCGAUUUGCAAAGGUCCGUGUUCGAACCACGAAAGUUCCCCAGAUUGGUGAUAAGUUCGCAUCUCGUCAUGGUCAGAAAGGUACUAUUGGUAUAACAUAUCGCCAUGAAGACAUGCCUUUCACCAGAGAGGGCAUAGUGCCUGACCUGAUCAUCAACCCGCACGCCAUUCCUAGUCGGAUGACCAUUGCUCACUUGAUCGAGUGCCAAUUGUCCAAAGUGGCGACGUUGCGUGGUGAUGAAGGUGAUGCCACGCCGUUCACAAAGGUCACCGUCACUCAAGUUUCGGAUCUUCUCCGAAAAAUGGGCUACCAAUCACGAGGUUUCGAGGUCAUGUACAACGGCCACACAGGCAGGAAGUUGGUGGCUCAAGUCUUCCUUGGCCCAACAUACUACCAGCGUCUGCGCCACAUGGUUGACGACAAGAUCCACUCUCGUGCUCGUGGUCCAACACAAAUUCUCACUCGCCAGCCCGUCGAAGGUCGUGCUCGCGACGGUGGUCUGCGUUUCGGAGAAAUGGAGCGCGACUGUAUGAUCGCCCACGGCGCCAGCUCGUUCUUGAAGGAGCGCCUGUUCGACGUCUCGGAUCCGUUCAGAGUGCAUGUCUGCGAUAUCUGCGGGCUGAUGACCGUCAUUGCCAAACUCAAGAAGAACACGUUCGAGUGCAAGAAUUGCAAUAACAAGAACAAGAUCAGCCAGAUUUAUCUGCCGUAUGCGGCGAAACUUCUGUUCCAAGAGUUGUGGAGCAUGAACAUUGCCGCCCGACUGUACACCAAGAGAAGUCGUUAGGAACGAGCUCAGGAUGCAGCGGCUGGGAUCCAUGUUGGCAGAUUCAGGAACACGGACGACCAGAGGGCCGACCAGUCCUGAUAGUGGCAAUCAGUCAAGGGCGGGUUUCAUGUUGGCAGCGCGCGAGCACGGAAUGGUUGGCUGAAUGUACCUUCUGCACGUGCAUUUGUGAUUUUAUGAUUCAACUUUUGCGGGCAUGUCGACGGGAUUGGGGGCCAAAGACCAGAAAGGACGUGAGCGAAAGGCGUAGAGCUGGACUUGUAUCAGUAUACUUAUCACACAGCAUGGGGCGUCAAGAUGCAUUCAGGUUGGCCUAAUGAGCCAUGGUUCUGCUCGGCGACAGGCUGAAAAUAUUAUCUGCGUCGGUCAUUCCAAUUUUCAUCUCUUGAAUUAAAAAGGUAGAACUGGUGUGAAAUGAUGCGAAAUGAAAUACUUGAACUGGACAUCUUGAGUACGUGCGGG